AUGCCGGGUCAUGUCGCCCAAAUGCAGAGACUAUUCCAGAACGCAAAGGCUUCCUUGCGCCUCGAUGUCCGCUUUGCAUCUUCGCCCGUCGGUUCCAUCGAUUUAAGACUACCUACUAGCCCCGAAGAAGCCAAAGAUGAUAUUACCGAGACGGGUCUACUCCUCGAUAUCAGAAAGGAGCGGACAGAAACACCAUCGAAAAAUUGGAGGUACUCGAGAACUCUCGGUUCUCUCGCUGGUCUUGAUACCGACGUUAGAGAGCCUUUCCCAGAAGGUUCACCACAACUUCCGGCAAUGCUCCCGUUAGCUGUCGGACACAACAACGUCUUUGUCGCAGAACCACUGAGCAGUGGGUUUACGUCCCCUCUUGAACAAACCAACUUCAAACUACAGGUGGAAGACAUGUCCAUCAUGUCAUCUCCACCUAUGCCUGAAGACUUUGGAAAUGCCUCGGAGGCACCGGACAGUGCGUCUCCAGGAGAGGAUAUCUCGGCGAGUGAUCUGGAGCAUCCGAUGACCAAGCUCCGUGUGGAUGACGACCUUGAGAUGGAUGUUGACUCACCGGAUGAAUCACCUAUCAUCGCCUAUCUGAAACGGAAGUCUGUAGACGUGGAGGACAAGUACAAGGAGACAUCAUCUGGUACGGAAGAGAGGAUAGUUUUGUCUCCCUCGGCUAGGGCUGCAGCUGAUUCAGCGAAGCUGAAGCGAGGACUGUUCACCGACCUGUUCCCCAAGCCACCAACGCACAAAGGCAGCAGUGACGGCACCCUUUCCUCGUCAAGCGAGGCACAGAACCCCAGCAAACGAUGCCCAGACCCUCUCUUACACGAGGGUGGACCAGCGGUGGUAUGUCCUGACCCAACAGCUCAUUUUGUAUCUCGCGCGCCGAAUGUCGCCGGCCACCACAAUGCCAUUCCCAUACCCAACGCAUAUCCAGGCCAGCAUAUAGCUUCGAGUGCAUUUGGGCAACCUGCUGGACACUUCAACCGUGCCACAGCGACAGGAAGUCCAAUGCCUCUUCUGAAAACCAGGCCAUCGCCAGUUCCAACGAUGGCCGGCAGGGGGCACGGUUCAUGGUAUCCGCCAAACGAAUUCUCGACCCGUCCUCGACCUCAACAGCGACAACAUCAUCAUCAUCACCUCAAUUCAACUUACAUCUCUACCGCAUCUGAACACUUUCAGCCAGGCUGGUAUUACGCCAAAGACAGUCCCCAGUCAUCACCAAGGCCUCGGCCCACAAUGUACUCUUUUUCAACGGCAGCAGCUAAAGUCAUUGGGCACAACCCGGCCCCUGACUCCAUGAUCCGUGACUCGUAUAGAACAGACACUUUGACACCACUGGCAAAGCCGCCAAGCCGCUUCAGGAAGAACGGUAUGAGUGCCAUUGCGAGUGCCCGAGGGGCACACAAGCAUCAUGGCGGUGCACCAUUUCUGUCGAGACCUCCCCAACGUCGUAUGCACUCUAUGAGAGCACGAUUGCCAGACAGUCUACAAUUCAGGAGCAGUCCACCACGGUUUGUCGGGGAUCCUGCUCAGGUGUCACAGCCCAGGAAGAGGUCACGCGAUCUUGUGUCGCCAACCACUAUGAUCCAUGAGGAUAAGACGGCGAGGAGGGUGCCGGUAGAUCCUCGGUUGAGACUGGAGGAAGGUGAGGAGAUGAUUGAGGUAGACGAACAGACACGCGCUGCCGUGCGAAUGAGUCUCUUCGGCGCUGCGACUCCGGAAACUGGCAGCGAGGCUGGAAGCGGGCUGCAAGAGCUGAGUCCUAAUGUCAUGCUGUACAGAAAGGGUACUGGACCAUGUGGCAGCCGAAAGAAACGGCGACCCAGCUAUUGGGAUGGAGACCUUGAGGAAGUGGUUCGGAGUCCCGCGGCACGGCAUGUUGUUUCGUCACCAAUCAAGAAGGACGACGUGAGAUCUUUGCAAGCGGAUGUCGAAUUCCAUGAGGAUGAUGCUGACAAAGAAAACCACAUGCAAGCGGCUGAUAGUGAACGCGGAAACGUCGCCAGGCUGGCAGAAGGCCCGAUGCCUCUGAGAGAUGCCGUUGGGAUGGAAAAUCAAGACAUAUGCGGCGACAACUAA